UUCUCGUCGGCAAGACGAACUCGGGACCUGGCCCGGAAAGAGCUCUCGCAUUUACGUCUCGCUGUCGCUCAAAGAAAGUCUUCGCCACGGCUGCGUCCCCGGUGAAUAACGUUCGUUAUUCGUCGUGGAAGUGAGUUUAUUACAUUGUGAGCGGGCACUACGGGGUUUUACAGCUAGGUACCGACAGGAUAUAAAACGUCGUUGGCAUACAAAGUGCAAAAACGUAACCAGGUCUGUUUAAGGUGACAGUUCCCCGCGUCUUCACAAGGAGAGAUACAGAAAUGAGAUUUUAUUCCCCCCAACGUUUUCUGAGCGUGCUUCUGCUGCUCGUCGCUUUGACGUGCGCCACACAAGCCAGCAGCCUCCGAGCGAGGCGCUCCGUUUGGAAUGGUAUCGGAAACACAUUGAACAACAUCGGGCAGACAAUCAAGGAUACCGUGAAGACCGGAAUCGACUCCCUGUUUCAACAUUCGACCACCCAGCCCGAAACGACCCAGUCGACCUUGGAAUGGAGCGAAACGACAUCGCCAGACUGGAAUGAAACGGUCUUUCGAGAAAUCAUAUAUGCUCCUAUCAGAUGUCCGCCUAAUCAUGUAUUAGUGAAGGACCGAUGUCGGAUAGAAGGUCGACGACGAUAAGAAUAAUUCGGAGAACACCGAGAAGGCUAUCUCACACUUUCACGUGUAGUAUCGAUAGUUCUUCGAUUUCCGAUAUCUCAUGGAACUCUCUAAUAGCGCAUUCGGUUGCUUGCACUAGUGCGCAGUAUUUCACUAGUGUACACAAUUCUUAUAUUUAAGGAUCGUCU